AUGUCCGAUCUCAGCGGAGUCUUCAAGAUUGUUAACCUCACCGUUGGUGGUAUCUCUGCCAUCUUAGGAUUGACUCAGUUGCUUUCAGGAGUUGCUGCCUUCUUCUUAGGCCUUUACCUCAUUGCGUUUGGUGUUGCUAUUGGUGGGCUUGAGUUCAUCAUCCCGCCAUUGGCUUACCACUACGCCUCUUUCCUCUUCUCGUUCUUAGGGCGUGGUGUUUUCUAUGUCCUGAUUGGUGUCUUGAUAGCACAAGGGGGCAAUGCCAUUAGAAUCGUGUUUGGAUUUCUCAUCGUUGUUAUUGGUAUUGUGUACGCUGUACUUGAGUUCAUCCCAAGCAUUGAGCCACCAGAGAACUUCAAAGCUCAUGGUCACGUCCUUGAGGACAACGAUGAGGAGGAUAUCAUCUGA